ACAGCAUUAUCGAAAAAAUAUAACCUAAAAAAAGUGAAAUUUUUAAUUUCUUUUACUUGUUUGAUUUAAAAUAAAAAGCAACAUUAAUUUUCAAAAGAUGCCGGUAAAUGAAUAUAAAAGAAAAGCGGAUGAAUAUGCUAUGGUGCAUGUUCAAAAGAAAUCCAGAAAUGAAUUAAUGCUAAGUGGACGCGAUAAACAAUUAAUUUCAAAUGCUACUCCAAGAACUUCAAAUUUAUUUGCACCUAUUAUGUUACUCGAGGGUCACGAGGGAGAUAUUUUUACUGUUGAAUUUCAUCCCGAUGGAAAAUACUUAGCAUCAUCUGGAUUUGAUCGAAAGAUCUUUAUGUGGUCAGUUUAUGGUGAAUGUGAAAAUGUAUCGGUAAUGUCUGGCCAUACCGGUGCUGUUAUGGAAUUACAUUUCUCCCCGGAUGGUUCACAAAUCUACACAUGUAGUACCGAUCAUACAGUAGCAAUUUGGGAUGUUCCUACCGGACAAAGAGUGAAAAAAUUCAAGGGACAUUCUAAUUAUGUAUCAAGUGUGCAAGGUGCAAGACGAGGACCACAAAUAAUUGUAUCAGGUGGUGACGAUUCAACAAUUCGUCUUUGGGAUUCACGUAAACGACAUUGUACAUCAACCUUAAACACAACAUAUCAAGUUACAUCGGUUACAUUUAACGAUACAGCUGAACAGAUAAUUUCAGGGGGCAUCGAUAACGAUAUCAAAGUUUGGGAUUUACGUAAAAAUGAAAUAUUAUAUCGAUUAAAAGGGCAUACAGAUACAAUUACAGGUAUCUCACUAAGUCCUGAUGGAUCGUACCUUUUAUCAAAUGCCCUCGAUAAUACGUUAAGAAUAUGGGAUAUUAGACCGUAUGCACCACAAGAACGAUGCGUUAAAGUAUUUGCGGGACAUCAACAUAAUUUUGAGAAGAAUUUAUUAAGAUGUGCAUGGUCACCAGAUGGGUCAAAAGUGAGCGCUGGCUCAGCAGAUCGUUUCAUGUAUAUUUGGGAUACAACGUCACGACGUAUUUUAUAUAAAUUACCAGGACAUAAUGGUAGCGUGAAUGAUGUCGAUUUUCAUAGAAAUGAACCAAUAAUUGUGUCAUGCUCGAGCGAUAAACAAAUUUAUAUGGGGGAAAUUGAAUUUUAAACUUAAUUGUA